AUGCGUAACGCUGCGGUAAAUUGUACAGUGAACGAUGAGAAUUCGUUACAGGACGGAAGAAGCGGAGCUGAGAAAGCCGCGGACCAUGCUGACGUGGACAUGACCCGUGUAGACGUGGAAGCUGUGAAAGCCCAGGUGAUCUGUUGCCAUGCCAUGCCUUCUAGUUCCUUCCACCACUUCCCACCCGACAAAACACCUGAACGGGAGCAAAAGUCAACCCAGCAAAGUUCAAGUUCAGCAGGGACUAAAGAAGGGAAAACGGUGGACACAGGAGGAGGAGAAGGAGGACGGGAGAAUGGAAGAGAGGAAGCGGAAAGGGGGCAGGGAGGCAAGGGGGGUGCAGGGGAGGCAGUGCCAGGCAUGGUGGUGGUGGUGAUGCAAGUGUUAGUGGAUGUGUACGUGCACAAGGACCUCUGGUACCUGCCUGCUAGAUGGAAGGGAGGGGCUGCCACUGCCGCUGUUCUCUCCCACCUCCGCUCUGAUUGGCCCAUGCAUCCGUGUCACCAGCCUUGUAGCACGCAGCGUGUUACGUGUGCGUCUAGUCUGCCUGCCUGUGAUGUGCAUGGUUGCACCCUCCAUGGCUUUCUGAACUGCUCCUCCUCGUUUCUCCGCUCACCAGCAGAAGAAGCCUCCUCUACAGUCACACCGCCUGCAGUCACACCAGCUAAAGUCACACCAGCCGAUGCCACACCGCAUACAGUCACACCUCCUCCAAGCGACUCCUCUGACUUCAGCCUGUCUAGAAUAUUUCGCUCGCUGCCCAACCGGUUCGACGCCCCGACAAUCUACCCAGACCCCCCUCCAGCACCCCCUUCCUCCUCCGCCCCUCCCUCCCCCCUCCUCUCUCUCCCCCCCGACCUCCUCCUCCUCUCCCUCUCCCGCCUCUCCCCCACCGACCUCCGCUCUGCUGCUGCCACGUGUACACGCCUGCGCCAGCUUGCACUGCCAGCUGUACCCAGCCUGCCGCACCUCUCCCUCUUUCCACAUCAGCGGUCGGCUCUACAGUGGAUGAUGGGGAGAGAGAGGGGGGUCGUGGGGAGGGAAAGGGGGAGAGAGAGGAGGGGAGGGGUCCCGCAGGGUUUUGUUCGGAGCCCGUUAGUGAGUGUGUUGAGGAUGAGCGAGGAGGGGAGUGAGUGUGGUGGUAGUGGAGUGAGGAGUGUGAAGGGGAAUGGGCAGAGGAAUGGAGGGAGUGAGGGGAGGGUGAUGCUGUGUGAUGUGAUUACAGGGGGGGUGAGGUUCCUAUGGAGCAACGAGAGGAGAAGUGGAAGGGGGAAGAGAAAAAGCAGAGAGUGGGAAGCAGAGGAAAGCAAAGGUGAGCAGCACGAAAGCAUAAGUCUGCAAGAGGGCGAGAAGAAAGAAAAGGAGGCUCCGGGAUGUUCAGGCUCGGCAAACUUAGAGCCCAGCAGAUUAAGCAUGGUGCCAGACCUAAGGGACAGGUUCGGCAUGGUGCCGGACGUGCGGGGAGGUCUGUUUUGUGACGAGCCUGGGCUGGGUAAGACUGUGACUGCCUUGGCGCUGAUUCUUAAGACUAAGGGGUUGCUGCCUGCUGUGCCUAGGGGUUGCCGCCUGGUGGUUUGUGGGAGGAUGGGAGAGAAUGGGGUGGACGGGUGGAGAGGAGGAAGAGGAGGAGGAGGGGUGUGGAAAGGAGGGUUGCUGGGGUAUUACGAGAAGCUUCUACCUGGAGAGGCAAGGAAAGGGAAGGAGUGGGAGGGUGGGGGGGCGCGGGUGAAACAGGCGUGGCAUGGCAAUGCGAUUGGGGGAGGGCAGGAUGGCGUGGAUGAGAUUAGGGGGGAGAAGGGGAUGAUAGAGUGCGGUUUAGAGGAGAAGGAGGCUCAUAGGAAUGUGUUAAGUGUGGUGCAAGGGAGUGGCAACAGGUGUGAUGCGGUGCAGGGAGGUGGGAGUGGGAUGACAGAGGAGCUGUUAACUGGGGGCAGUGUGGUGAAAGGGGGGGGUGGCGGGGCAGAGUUGAAAGAUGGGACAGAUUUGAGAGGUGGGGCAGAGGGAGGGGAGGAGACUGCUGGGAGUAGGGCGAAGGGCGGGCGACGUGAGACGGGUGAGGGAAGGGAGAGGAGUGAGGGAGGAGAGAAGCACGAGGGAGAGAAAAAGGGCCAGGGAGGGAUGAAGCUUAGGGCAGAGGGAAAGAGCGAGGGAGAGCUAGAGACCAAGGGAGAGGAGAAGAGUGAGGGAGAGUUCAAGAGUGAGGGAGAGGAGAAGAGCAGGGGAGUGAAGUGCGGAGGGAAGGGGUCGAGGAGACCCAGAUGGAGUGCUGGCAGGAGGGGCAGUGCAGCAAAGGAGGUAUCUGAGGGGGCGGCACGGGAGACAGCAGUGGAGGCAUCAAAGAGUGCAAUGAGCCGAUGGGGAAAGGAUCCAAUUGCAAUGGUGCUUGCCUUGCAAGCGCCGAAUUUCAAGAGUCAGAUGGACGUGGGAGCUGUGCUGGGAUGGAGAGUGGUCCAGAGUGGUGUGCAGGGGAAUCGGAGAUCAGGGAUUUGUGCUGCUGACACCCCUGGGGUUGCUGAUGAUGGGACUCUUGUGACAGGCACUCAGGCUAGGAAGAACAGCAUCGAGGCAGGCAAAGAGGAUGGGAGGCAGGCAGUAGAUGUUUCUUGGAGUGAUGAUGCAGGCAAGGGUGGUGGCGAUGGAGAGGAGGAGGAGGCUGGGAGGAGAAGGAAAAGAAGGCACCAUGUUGGAGGUGGCAGAAGGAAUGGUGAGUGUGCUGCUGGUGAUGAUUUUUUUGGGUGGGGGAACGGUCACUCAGAGGGUAAAGAGGAGGGUAAGGAGGAAGGUAAAGAAAAGGGUAAGGAAGACGGUGAAAAUGAAGAUGGGGUGAGGUUCCAGGACAGCAGGAGGCGCUGGGAAGAAGAGGAGGAAGAGUCAGAGGAGGAGGAGGAGGAGGAGGAGGAGAGAGGGAGUGGUGAGAGGGAGGAUGAUGAUUGGGUGCCUUCUAGUGCGGGCAGUGACAGGCGAGUUGGCUCUUCUGCUCGUGCCAAGGACUCAACACCGGCCUCUCGUCUCUCCACAAGGGCCUCUCGUUCCUCUGCACGGAUCACUCCCUCGUCUGCUCAUUCCCGUUCUUCCCAAGGGAUCAGGGCGAGGGGGGCAGCUGCAGGGAAGGUAAAGGAAGCUGUGAUUGAUGAUCGCAGAAGGAGCAGCAGAAGAAUAGAUGUGAAGGGCAGGGGUUCGGAAUGCGGUGAAGGGUUGAAGAGUGCAGCAGUGGGUGCAGCAGGAAUGGUGCAUGCAGGGAGUUUGGGCCAUGUUUCAAGCGAUGCAGAUAGAGUGGCUGAAACGGUUCUUGGGGGCGGGACACCCAAACGCAGGCGCACAGCAGUGCGUGCUCGUGGAGAGAAGAUUGUUGAGGCUUCUCAAUCAAGCAAGGUGCUAGAAGCGGUGCUAGAGGGUGGGAUGCCCAAGCGCGGGGCGGCAGCGGUGCGUGUGUGUGGACUAGAGGUUCGGGUGGAGGACGCAGAAAUGGUGAAGGAAGGGGAUAAGGGGGAUUGUAAGGUUGUGGUUGAUGGGGAGAAAGGGCAAGAGAAUAAGGGGGAUUGUAGGGAAGUGGACAAGGGGGAGAAGGUGGAGAAGGAGAUUGGGGGCAUGGACCAAGGGGAAAACGGGCGGAAAGAAUCAGAAAAGGGAAUGAGGGUCAACGAGAAGAAUGUGGGAGUGGUAACACGGAGCUGCGGGUUAGGGGUACGGGGCAAGAGGGGGAAGGAGGAGGGCAGGGGGAUGAUGGUGGAGGAGGAGGGAGGACAAAGGGCAGAGGCGGAUGGGCAAGACACAGGCUGGCAGCAUGUGACUGUAAAGGAUGAACAAGAAGCAGACUGGCAGGGCGUGACUGUAAAGGGCGAUCAAGAAGCAGGGAGGCAGCAUGUGACUGGAAAGGUGGCUGAGAUGAGCAGCGAGGGGCAGUGUGAGUCAGACGGCGAGGGUGUGAAGAAGGCUAUUGAGCCAACUCAAAAGGCAGUCUGCGAGCGGCAGUGUGAGACAGACGGCGAGACUGUGGAGAAAUGGCUCUCCUGCGACGAGUGUGGCAAGUGGAGGAAGGUUCCCGGGAGCUACACCUAUCCGGACGACCAGUUGUGGUUCUGUGGGUUAAACCCUGACCCUGCCCGGCGGGUUUGCGCCAACCCAGAGGAAUCUGCUAGUGCUGACUCAGACAUUUCCUCGUUGCCUGGAUUCUGCCCGGUUGAGGAAGCUUUUGACGGCGGGCUGCCCACAAAUGUUUCACUAUUCGUGGAGAGGAUCAAGGGCGGGUUUCGGCGGGCUGAGUCGGAGUUGGAGUGGAGUGACGUGGAGCAAGGGGUGAGGUGGCUUGCUCGGAUUGGUCCUGGAGAAGCAGCGAGGCUGGUUGCUGAUACUGGUGGGGCUGGGGAGGAGGAUAUUGGAGGAGCAGACAAAGGACGAGGGAGAGGAGUGGCGGGAGGAAGAGGGAGAAAAGUCGAGAGGGGAGGAGGGAGACGAGCAGAAAAGGUCAACAGGGGUGGUGGCAGCAGCCGCAAGGGCAGUGAAGCAGAGGAAGGGAGGGAUGUGAGAAGAAAAGGGCUGGUUCCCCCGGGGUGUGUGGGGCGUAGUGAGUGCUGCUCGCACCUGCUCGCCUCCCUCGGGCUUGUGUGGCUGCCUGCCUCGGCCCACACACCUGGACACACAGCAAGGGGAGGACGAGUGCGAGGGGGUGGAAAUGGAGGAGGAGGGAGGAGAGUCAGUGGCGGCAGCAGAGGAGCAGGAGGAGGAGGAAAUGGGCCACGAGUAAGGGGGGGAGGUGGAGGAGGAAGAGGAGGUGGAGGAGGACGAGGAGGAGGUAGUGGUGCAGCAGCAGUGACAGCAGAGGCAGGAGUGACAGCAGAGACAGGCUCUGGGCUGACAGGGCUGGAUGUGCUCUCGGGCUUUAAUGCACUGUCUGGCCUGCAGAUGUUGACUGGUAGUCUUGGCGGUGUGAGUGACAGCACUGGUGGGAACUCGUCUCAUGUCUCUGGUGCUGUAAUGCCAACGACAAGGGCAAGCGCUGCUGCUGCUGGUGGCUGUCUUGGCGGUGUGGGUGUGGGCGGUGUGCGAGACAACACCCGGGGAAACUCGUGUCAUGUCUCUGAUGCUGUACCAAUUGAGGCGCCUCAAAAGUCUCAUGUCUCUGAUGCUGUACCAAUUGAGGCGCCUCAAAAGUCUCAUGUCUCUGAUGCUGUACCAAUUGAGGCGCCUCAAAAGUCUCAUGUCUCUGAUGCUGUGCCAAUUGAGGCGCCUCAAAAGUCUCAUGUCUCUGAUGCUGUACCAAUUGAGGCGCCUCAAAAGUCUCAUGUCUCUGAUGCUGUACCAAUUGAGGCGCCUCAAAAGUCUCAUGUCUCUGAUGCUGUACCAAUUGAGGCGCCUCAAAAGUCUCAUGUCUCUGAUGCUGUACCAAUUGCAAGCGCUGCUGCUGGGGAUCCGAUUCUUGAUGUCGAUGGCGCUGUUGCUGCUGAUGAUGUUGAGGGAGGAGGAGGAGAAGGAGGAGGAAGAGCAGGCGGAGCAGGAGGAGCGGUGGGAGCGGCAGGAGCAGGAGGCACAGGAGGGAGAGGCAGGCGAGGCAGGCAAAGGGCCAGCCCCUACCAGAGUGCGCGUGGUGCGUCUGGAGGGUCGUGGGUGCUGCCUCCCUCCCUCUCGCCCCACCUCACCUUUGACUUUUCUUCCUUCCGCCACGCUCUCGCGAUUUUUGAGGGGCAGGGAGGGCCGGGAGGGCAGAGAGGGCAGGUAGGGAAGGAGGUGCAGGGGGGAGAGAAACGGCAGAGAAAGCAGAAAGAGCAGGGAGGUGGGGUAAGGCGAAAGGGGGAUAUGUUUACAGUUAGCACUGUUACCUGUGGUAGCAGCGAUAGUGCUGCUGCUGCUGCUGCUGCUGCUGCUAGUAGUGCUGACGUGGCACCAAGGGAUUACCAUUUCGUCUCGUCUGCUACUCUGAUUGUGGUCCCCACCACGCUCGUCAGCCAUUGGCUGACGCAGAUCUCCCGCCACGCGGCACCGGGGGCUCUGCGCGUGUUUGUGUAUGACGGGGCCAAUCAGAAGGCGCCAGCUGUCCACAGCUUGGCGUGGGAUUAUGAUGUGGUGGUAACCACGUUUAGCAGGCUGAGUGUGGAGUGGGGGGGAGGGGAGGAUGGAGAGAUGGGAUGGAGGGGGGAGGAGGGGGAUUGGGCGAGUGAGAGUGAGGGGUUUGGGAGUGAGGGUAUGUGGUGUAAUACAGAGGACGAGGAGGAGGAGGGAGAGGAGGAAGAGGGUGAGGAGGACCAAGGGAAGGAAGAGGAAGGAGAGGAGGGUGCAGGGACAAGGGAACGUGCGGAACAAGAUAAGAAAGCAACGGAGGGAGAUCGGAGUAGAUUGGAGGAGCAAAUGAUGCAGAGAGCUGGAGGAGCUAGAUUGGGAGAUCGGAGUAGGAGGGGGGUCAAAAGAAGGUGGGAGGGACAAGCAGAUCAGACAAACAUCACCCACCAGUUGGGUUCUCUAAGGGGACGCACUCCCAGAUGCAGACAAGCAGAGCCACCCGGAUGGUCGUCUCAUGGAUGGCAGGACGGCGGUCGGCGGCUUCAGCGGGAGGCGAGGAAGCGGGUCCGGCUGGGAGUGAAGGAGAGCCGUCGGAUCACGUCCCCGCUGCUGCGCAUCCAUUGGCUGAGAGUGAUUCUGGACGAGGGGCACACGCUGGGUGCCAGCCUGGCAGCCACCAAUAAGCUGCGCAUGGCCGUGGCGCUCAGGGCAGCACGGAGGUGGAUUCUCACAGGCACGCCCACCCCCAGCACCCCCACCAGCCAGGUAGCACAUCUCUUCCCGCUGCUCUCCUUCCUGCACGAGCCCAUCUACGGCUGGCAGCAGGGCGUGUGGGAGGCGGUACCCCUACACUCACAUCACCCAUUUUCUCCCUAUUUUCUCCCCUCUGUGCAGGUGGCCCAUCUCUUCCCGCUGCUCUCCUUCCUGCACGAGCCCAUCUACGGCCGGCAGCAGGGCGUGUGGGAGCGGGCGGUUCAGAAGCCAUUCGAAGCAGGCAGGCCUGAGGGGAGGCAGCGACUGGUGCAGGUGUUGACUCGGUGCAUGUUCCUGGGGCAGAAGAAGGACGUUCAUUCCAUUCCACGCUGUGACAGGAAGGUGUUAACUCGGUGCAUGUUCCUGGGGCAGAAGAAGGACGUGCUUUCCAUCCCGCGCUGUUCGAGGAAGGGGGGUGACCAUCUGUGCGUGCGGAGGGAAGGUGGUUCAGAUCAGAGGGCGCACGCUGCGUCCUACAACGUGUUUGUCGAAACCGUUCAGCGCAACGUGUCUCUCCAUUCACACACAGCUUCUCCCACUCUCUCCUCUGUCCUCUACCUCUUUCCCCCCCUCUUUAUUCCACAGGUGAAGCUUCUCUCCUUCUCCCCCCAGCACGCUGCGUCCUACAACGAGUUUGUCGAAACCGUUCAGCGCAACGUGUCUCUCCAUUCACACACAGCUUCUCCCACUCUCUCCUCUGUCCUCUACCUCUUUCCCUCCCUCUUUAUUCCACAGGUGAAGCUUCUCUCCUUCUCCCCCCAGCACGCUGCAUCCUACAAUGAGUUUGUCGAGACAGUUCAGCGAAACCUGCUGCUCGCUGAUUGGAUGGAUCCAUCCCACGAGGAGUCGCUCUUAAACCCCCGGAACUUGAAGCAGGCCAAGCAGACGCUCAAUAACGUGCGCCUCUCGUGCUGCGUCGCUGGGCACAUGGAAAGUUACGACCUGCCCGGGGAUAUUGACGAGACCAUGCAGCAGCUGGUGCAGGGUGGGCUGGAGCCCGGCUCGGGCAGGUUUGAGGAGAUUCGGGCAGCUUUGAAAGGAGGAUGCUGCUGUGAAAGGUGUGGGGAGUGGGUGCGUCUUCCCAUAGUCACCCCCUGCCCGCACCUCCUGUGCAUCACGUGUGUGGCAACAGACAAGCACGCAUGUGCCAUGCCGGGCUGUGCACGGCCGUACCGCAUGCAGGAGCCCAAGGACAUGAAACGCCCAGAGAAUGCCAACCCUAAGUGGAGCGUACCUCAGGACCUGAUCGAGCUGCAACCAUCGUAUGAGCAGAGGGAGUGGCAUCUGGAGUGGCAGGCCACAGCCAGCACCAAGGUGGACUACCUCCUCUCCCAACUGCGCCUGCUCGCUCCCCUACCACCAUUGCGGGAUUCGGACGAGCAGCUGCUGUCACAUUCAGCACAGUCACCAUCGGCAGCACAGCCAUGCAUAGUACCGCAAGCGUCAGACGAGCCACUGGCUGGUUGCACAAAAUCACUCUCAAGAAGCCCAGAAAGGGGGUCUGAUACGGCAGAGCAUGGGGACGGGGUGGCGGAUGGCUGUGCAGCCCAGGCCAUGGAAGCACAUGGUCCUGUGGCUGCUGCUGGGGGCUAUGGCGGGGAGACGGGGAGAUACGGCGGGGAGAAAGGGGCAUAUGGUGGAGGAAAGGGGGGGUACGGAGGGGAGAAGGCGAUAGUGUUCACGCAGUUUCUGGAGCACAUAGCGCUGCUGGAGGCGCAGCUCACACUCGCCGGUGUCAACUUCGCUGGGCUCUACAGCCCACGGCCUCAAUCCGUCAAGAUGCAGGAACUGAUGCGCUUUCAGCACGACCCCGCGUGCCGCGUGCUUCUAAUGGAUGGCACGGGCUCGCUCGGUCUGGACCUUUCCUUUGUGUCACGCGUCUUCCUCAUGGAGCCCGUGUGGGACCCCAGUGUGGAGGAGCAGAUGGUGUCUCGGGCGCAUCGCAUGGGCGCCUCUCGGCCAAUCACGGUGGAGACACUGGCCAUGGCAGGCACGCUGGAAGAGCACAUGCUACACAUUCUGCAGCACCUGCCUGACAGUGGAGCGCAGGCGAAGCAGAGGCAGGCAAGGGAGGCAGUGGCGCGCAACGCCAUUCUGCUCGCACUGAAGCUCGUCCGCACCGCCGACUCCUCCCUGCCGCUCUCGCCCUCCACAUCCACCUCCCCCGCAAAACCCCUCUCCUCCCAUCCCCUUUCCCGUGCCCAACCCCACACCUCCUUCUCCCAAGCCUUCUCCCCCACCAACCCCUUCUCCUCCGCCCACCCCCUCGGUUCCCCUACCCUCCUGUCGUCCCGCCAGUCCUUCCUUUCCUCCAACCUCUCACUCUCCCCUUCCCUCUCCCAGCCAGCAACUCCCCUGCAGCCUCCGGUCCCUGCUAGCCCUCUCAAUACACCCCUCCCCCCUGCUGCCGGGUCAGCAGUCAAUAAGUGCAGCCUGCUUCUCGCCCAAGGCCCAUCAGGGGAUGGCCAACAUGGGUCAACCUUUGUGGCAGGCGCAUGGGAGGGAGGUACAUAUGUUGCCAGAGAGGGCGUAUGUGAGGAAGGUAGACCUAGUGCAAGCAGUGAGGCUGCAGGGAACAGCAUGGUUCCCCUGCUUGGUGGGGAUGCCACAGCAGGCAGUGCAGCAAGGGCAGCGGAGGCAGGGGCAGGGGGUGUGGCAGGGACAGUUGCUGCUCACACUUUGGAUUCUUCUGUUGUUUGCGACAGAGGGGAAGGGGAGAAUGGUGCAUUUGCAGGGCAGGCAGGGGAGGGCUCUUUUGCAAUGGAGAAUGGAGGCGCAAGGGAGGAAGGGCGUGCAGAGAAAGAGGGGCAUUCAGAGGAGCAUUCAGAGAAAGAGGGGCAUUCAGAGAAGGAGGGGCAUUCAGAGAAAGAGGGGCAUUCAGAGAAAGAGGGGCAUUCAGAGAAGGAGGGGCAUUCAGGAAAUGGAACGGAAAGGGAUGGUUGUGAAACAGAAGAAAUGAGAUGCAGUGCUGUCACACAGCUCAGCAGGUCCACCAUUGAGGCACGUGCAGUGGGAGGAGCAGAAAGCAAGGUGAAUCGGAGAAGGCGAGUUGUUCGGUUUGCAGAUGAAGGUGUGCAACCGGCGCUGCUGGCUAGGGUGCUCAGACCAGCAGCUCAAUGA